GCGUUCAAAAUUGAUGACGACAGAGACCGAAAGGAUUUUAAGAAGGUAACGAAAUCCAUGAGGGCUGGUUACUGCUAGGUAAAACAAAAUGGAGAGAUCAGAUCCACCUGCGAUCUCUGGAGCUGUUGCAAGAGAGUUUAGUCCAUUCAACAACAGCAGCGCACUGACCAUCGUAAACGCCAGCAUGCCGAAUACUAUUUGCAACAGUACGGGGGGUGGUAACCUUGAUAUCAACGGAAACGUUAACGGACGCACAAUCAACAGUCGUCCAGGAGGUCUCACCAUCAGCACUGAGUAUCGAAAAAGUGUGUCGGAAUCAUACCACGUUGAAAGAAUUGGGUGCGCCAAAGAGCGGGUUGUAGAAAAUUCCGACAGAAGAUGGACCUGGGAAUUUGAGAGAGCGGAGAGAAAGCGGGCACAAGCAGCAGAACGAGCCGAGCAAGAACGUUCGCGGGCCCUUGAAAGAUCUAAACGUGAACGAUCCCGUACAAUGGAAAUAGCUCGUGGGCCAAUGUUAGAGGAUAUGGAAGUUGAUCAAUCAGAUGACGAAGAAGAGGAUAGCGCCACAUUCAUCAACGGCGAUAACACCAACAGUAGAUCUGUCAUCGCCAAAGAGAAUGUUCAGCCCGCUUACGCAAAUGGAAAUAAUAGUGUAAGUGCCUAUAGAAGUCUUCAGCCCGCUUACACAACAGGGAGCAAUUGUGCCAGUUUUCAUAGGAGUCUUGAGCCCGCUUACACAACAGGAAACAAUGGUGCCAGUAUCCAAAGGAGUCUUCAGUCCGCUUACACAACAGGAAACAAUGGUGCCAGUAUCCAAAGGAGUCUUCAGUCCGCUUACACAACAGGAAACAAUGGUGCCAGUAUUCAAAGGAGUCUUGAGCCCGCUUACACAACAGGAAACAAUGGUGCCAGUAUCCAAAGGAGUCUUCAGUCCGCUUACACAACAGGAAACAAUGGUGCCAGUAUCCAAAGGAGUCUUCAGUCCGCUUACACAACAGGAAACAAUGGUGCCAAUACCCAAUCGAGUCUUCAGACCGCAUACGUCAAAGGACAUAACGGUCACAGUGCUCAAAGGAGUCAUCAGACCGCAUACGUCAACAAAAACAAUGGCCACAGAGCCCAAUCGAGUCAUCAGACCGCAUACGUCAACACUAACAAUGGCCACAGAGCCCAAUCGAGUCAUCAGACCGCAUACGUCAACACUAACAAUGGCCACAGAGCCCAAUCGAGUCAUCAGACUGCAUACGUUAACACAAACAAUGGCCACAGAGCCCAAUCGAGUCAUCAGACAUGUUACACCACAGACAACAAUGGUUUCACCGCUCAAAGAAGCUUACAGACUGCUUACAUCGCAGGAAACAACGGUCUCAUCGUCCAAGAGAAUGUGCAGACUACAUACAUCACAGGAAGCAAUGGUGUAUGGUUUUAGAAAAAGCAGUCCACGUUAUGAACCAACUACUAGACGCAAAGACGAGCUGUUGACGCUGCUAUAUAUAUACCCAAAAAAAUCUAUUUCGACUUGUACGGUAAAAUAUGAAAUAAAACAAAU